CUGUGGGUGACUGUGCCAUCCUGCACUUCUCUCAGAAUGGAAUCUGUGCUAAAAUAUUUGGAAUGGAUGUAUGUGGGCUUGGCCCUGCUGGGUGGUCUGCUCACUCUGCUUCUGUUGGAGAUCUUCAAAUUGAACUCCUCCAGGAGCUGCAGCCCCCCUGGACCCAAACCACUGCCCUUUGUGGGUAACCUGCCCCAAUUCAUUAGGAAUCGAAUGGCCUUCAUCAGAUCGAUGCCGAAAUAUGGUGAGAUUUGCACAGUAUACUUUGGAAAGAAGCCAACGAUCAUGCUGAAUACCAUGCAGAUUGCGAAAGAAGCUUUUGUUCAAAAUGGGAACGUGUUCUCUGGAAGGCCAUCCAUGCCAAUAAUACGCUCCAGCAAAAGCUAUGGUAUUGUGAUGGCCCAAUAUGGUCACUCAUGGAGAGAGCAGCGACGGUUUGCUCUGCACACACUGCGUGACUUUGGUCUGGGAAGGAAAACUGUGGAAGAGCAUAUUUCAGAGGAGGCGCAAUACCUCCUCAAGGAGAUGUUCAAACAAGAAGGAAAACCUUUCCAUCCCAUCCACCUUCUUAUGAACGCAGUAUCUAAUGUGGUCUGCUCCAUCAUCUUUGGAGACCGUUUCGAUUAUGACAACAAGCGCUUUGCUAUGCUGCUGAAACUUCUGAAUGAAAACGUUCAGCUUGCUGGAUCAGCUGUGGCGCAGCUUUGCAACUUGGUUCCUAUCAUAAAACACUUUCCAGGGCCUCAGCAGAAGAUCUUGCAUAAUUCCUUUGCCUUAAAAGAUUUUAUCCUUGAAUUUGUGGAGGAGCACAAGAAGACUCUGGACCCAGACAACCUCCGGGACUUCACUGACGCCUACCUGAUUGAGAUGACCAAGCAAGAGUCAAAAAAAGACUCUACAUUCCAUGUGGAGAACAUGAUAACUUCGAUCUCAGACCUUUUCUUUGCUGGGACAGACACUACAGCAAAUACCCUCCGAUGGGGACUUAUUUACAUGAUGAACCACCUCGACGUGCAAGAACGCUGUCAUGAAGAGAUCAUUCGGCUGAUGGGUUUUGACCGCUCUCCCUGCAUGGGUGACCGUACACAGCUCCCAUACACUUGCGCCACUAUUUAUGAGAUCCAGCGCUGCGCUAACGUCGUUCCUCUUGGUGCAGCACACCAAACCACAGAACCAGCACAGCUACGAGGAUACCACCUGCCCAAGGGAUCUGAGGUCAUGGUCAACUUAACGGCCAUCAUGACUGACAAAGAGCACUGGAAGUAUCCAGACACGUUCAACCCAGAGAACUUUCUGGAUAAAAAAGGACAGUUCUGCAAAAAUGAAUCCUUUCUGCCGUUCUCUCUGGGUCCGAGGGUGUGUCUUGGCGAGUCUCUAGCAAAGAUGGAGCUCUUCAUCUUCUUCACCUCUCUGCUCCAGCAGUUUAAGUUCUCAUGGCCUCCUGGAGCUCCACCGUACAACAUGGAUGGUGCUGGGUUCUUGGUUCUCGCUCCAUUGCCCUUCAAUAUAAUCUGCCGCAGCAGACAGACCCCUCACUGAAUCACCGAUGUGUUCAGUCUUUAUACCUGAACAUUCAGUACCAGACCUGGAGAACUUCCUCUGCUCUAAUGCAUGUAAUCAAUCUUAAUCUGAGUAUACUAUCAAGUUUUUGCUUUGCACCAGGACCAACCUGGGGUAAAUGUACAUGGGGUAAAUACAUGAUUUCCACUAAAAUAAUGAGCACAAUAGUUACAUUUUAUCAGGUAUUUCUAACAGAGGAAUUAUACAGUUUGAAAUGUAUGUAAAGGCUAUUUUUGUAAUGCUUAGACUGGGGUCUAAAAUUCUGAAAUCACAUAGAAAAUCUGGGAUUUUUUAAUAUUUAAACCUGGAAAUACACAGAAAGAAAAAAAUAUUAAAACAAAAAAAAGUUUAUGCGCUAUUUCUAGGUCAGCAUUCAAAUGUAAAGCUGAGUUGCCAUGUAAAGCCUGAAAUAAACAUAUAAAAGUCA